AUGGUGGGAUUAUCAGUUCUUUUUGCAGUUGUGAUGUUUAAAAAAUCACUCAGGAAAAGGACCAAGGCCACGCUGGUGUCCCUCUUGCCCAAGUGGCUGGUUGAAGACUUUCCCCACGUGGAGAACAGCGCCGUGGUGAAGUCGCUGCAGGACAAGGCUGACUUCCCCGGUGCCAGCCUCCAGGAGCCCUUCCUGGCCCCCGCUGACCCCGCCGUCACCGAGGUCCAGGAGGUGCCACCGCAGGAGCGGCCCCGGAGCCUGGGGGACACCAAAUCCAGGCCGGAGGAGCCCAGGGAGGUGCCAAGGACCGUGGUGGCCCCCAGCACCCCGUGCGCAGGGCAGCUGGGUGCCUACAAACCCCAACUCUCCGACGGGAACAGCUUGGGAUACGUGGCUGCCGGGAUCUACCGGGCACAGGCGCCCGCGGCCGCGCCGCAGCCGGAGGUGGGGAUGUGCUGCCAGGACUACAGCAGCUCCGUCCCGCGGCUCUGGGAGCAGCAGGGAGGGACCCCCGAGCUGUUCCUGCUGGAGAAGAUCAACCUGGUGCUCAAGAGCAGCCUGGGGUUCCCCGGGCACGCGGGCCACGGAGCCGUGCCCGAGCAGCGCUGGGAGCCGCCCGGAGAUGGCCCCCAGCAGAUGCUGGUCCCCAAGGAGCUGCUGUCCUGCCUCCGGGCCACCAGCGGGGAGGCUGGGGGACCCUGCAGGAAGGGGGUGGUGAGCGCCAGCAGAGCCGCCCGCGGAGCCGCACAGGUCUGUGCCAAGGGGAGAGUGACCGCCAGCCCCUGCUGUGCCAUCCCUGGUGGCACCAGCGUCACCCUGUCCUGCCAGCUGACAGCCCCCCGGGGCUGCUGCUGGGCAGCGAUCUUCCUCAACAGCUCCGAGCAAGUGCGAGCCCGGGGAGGCUCGGUGAGCAAAACCUUCCUGGUCACCACCCACGGCAGGCACAACUUCAUCUGCAAGUGCAUCUGUGGGGACAAGAAAAACAUCGUCUGUGGAAUCGAUAUCCACUGUGGAAAUCCUCCAGACGAGCCCAGGAACGUGUCCUGCAUCCAGAAGGGGACACGGGGACAUGCCACCUGCAGCUGGCACAAAGGCAGGCUCACCUACCUCCACACUGCCUACGAGAUAGAGCUCUCCAACGGGACCGAUGCCUUUUCCUUUCCAGAAGAAACUCCCAGUGAGGAUUUUGGCUCCGGGGCUCUGAGCAAGCUGGAUUUUGACUCCAAUUACACCGUGGUGGUUUCUGCCUCCAAUCCAUUGGGAAAUGCCUCUUCCCAGCCACUCACCUUCAUGCUGAUAGACAUAGUGAAGCCACACCCUCCCGAAUUCUCGGUGGAAUUUGACGAUUCCUCUGCCACCAACUGCACCAUUCGGUGGCAGGAUGAGGCACCAGCACAGCACUACAGGCUGAGGUUCCGUCCCCUCGGCAGGCACGGCUGGAGCACGGUCGAGAGCUUCAGCAGGGAGAAAUAUCAUCUGCAGGGGCUGGAGCCUGACACAGCCUACGAGUUCCAGCUGAGCUGCAGGAUCCUGCCCGGCCGUGGGCUCUGGAGCGACUGGAGCAGCAGCCAGGGCAGCACCCCAGCAGCAGUGCCAAGAGUGACCCUGGAUGUCUGGUACCGGCAGCAGGAGCUGGACUCUGGGCACCAGAACCUCUCCUUUUUCUGGAAGGCUCCGAGCAGGUCGGAGGCAGGAGGGAGAAUCCUGGGCUACACCGUGACCUUGGAAGCCCUGGGGCAGGGGAAGCUGCCGGCACAAUCCCACCGGACCACCCAGACCAGCUUCUCCAGGGUCACCCCCAGGGCGGCCCACAGGGUGACGGUGACGGCCCAGAACCCGCGGGGCAGCUCGGUGCCCGCGGCCGUGCUGACCCACCUGGGCAGCCCAGAUCUGCCCCCUCCCCAGCGGGUCUGUGCCGUGGGCCUGGGGAACAGCAGCAUCCUGGUGAGCUGGAGCCCCCCGGCUGGAGCCGCCCUGCCCGUCGGGGGCUACGUGGUGGAGUGGGCAGAGCCCCGGAGGGAGCCUCGCCCGCAGCCCCAGCAGGGCUGGCUGAAGCUGCCCCCGUCCCGGCUGUCCACUGUCAUAGCAGAGCACAUCAGAGAUAACGUCUGCUACCAGAUCCACGUGUCUGCACUUUAUCAGGGCAGAGCUGGGCAGGCAGCUUCAGUCAGGGGAAACUCCACGGCACAAGCCCCAUCAGCUGGGCCCCAGAUGUUCGCAACCCCCUGGGCCAGCGGCGUCCUGGUUUCCUGGGAGGAGAUCCCAGCCCCCCAGCAGAGGGGCUGCAUCACUGGCUACCACAUCUACCUGCACAGGAGGGAUGGGCAGGGCCAGCCCGAGGUCCAUGCGGCCGGGGAGGGGCCCCGGGGCAACAGCGACAGCGUCUGCCUGGAGAGUGCUGGGGGCUGGGUGACUCUGGUGAUCAUCUGCAGCUUCUUCGUCCUCUCAGCCUGCCUUUGUUCUGUGCCUCCAGCAAGGAGAUUGUUCCAGUGGCUCCUGUCCCUCCUCCUGCCAGAGUGGCAGAGCAAAGCCAUUCCCGACCCUGCCAACGCCACGUGGGCCAAGAGCUUAGCAGCUACCAAGGUAAAUUAG